UAUGGCCACUAUGGAGAGGAACAAACCUGCAAUACGAGCAGACUUCAGUAUAUGAGUGUUGAACCUUUAGCAAGAUGAUUUGGGGAAGGUAUUUGUUAUCAGCUGGGCUCCAGUCCAGCAGAUGGAGAGUGAGCUGUCAUGUAAAAAGGACCUACAGCUUUCUUCCAGAUGAUGUCAAAUCAUUGCGGGCUGUGGUCAACCCUGAUAUAUCCAAGAUCCGAAACAUCGGCAUUAUGGCCCACAUAGACGCAGGGAAGACGACAACCACAGAGAGGAUGCUUUAUUACUCCGGCUAUACGAGAGCACUAGGAGAUGUAGACGACGGGGAUACAGUCACAGACUUUAUGGCUCAGGAGAGGGAGCGUGGCAUCACCAUACAGUCAGCGGCAGUCACUUUUGAUUGGAAAAGCCAUAGAAUAAACCUUAUAGACACACCAGGUCACGUUGACUUCACUCUUGAGGUGGAACGGGCACUCCGUGUUCUUGAUGGGGCCGUCGCUGUGUUUGAUGCCUCCGCUGGCGUUGAGGCUCAGACUCUGACCGUGUGGAGACAAGCUGAGAAGCAUCACGUUCCCUGCGUUUGUUUCCUGAAUAAGAUGGAUAAGCCUGCAGCAAGCCUCAGUCUUUCAAUUGAGAGCAUAAAACAGAAGUUGAAAGCCAAUCCAGUUCUCCUCCAGAUUCCUGUCGGCAAUGGAAAGAGCUUCACUGGUGUGGUCGACUUAUUAACAAACCAGAAGUUGAUAUGGAAGCUAAAAUCUUCAGAAAACGACGGGCGAGUGUUUGAAAUCAAACCUCUUGAACACUCUGAUGAACCAGAACUCCUGCAGGAGGUCAGCGAGGCCAGGACGGCUUUAAUUGAGCAGGUUGCCGAUCUGGACGAUGAGUUUGCCGAACUGUUGCUGACUGAUUUUAGUGAGAAUUUUGAUGCUGUUCCGUCCAACAAACUACAGGAGGCUGUACGCCGGUUAACUCUGGCCCGUAAAGGUGUCCCAGUACUCUGUGGGAGCUCACUGAGAAACAAAGGUGUUCAGCCUCUCUUAGAUGCCAUCACUGCCUACCUGCCUGCACCCAAUGAGAGGCAUCAUGACCUGGUGCGGUGGUACAAGGACGAUUUAUGUGCUCUGGCCUUUAAGGUUCUCCAUGACAAGCAGCGUGGUCCUCUGGUGUUUCUCAGGAUCUACUCUGGUACUCUGAAACCACAGACGGCCAUCCACAACAUCAACAGGAACAGCAUUGAAAGGAUGAGCAGGCUGCUGGUGCCGUUUGCUGAUCAACAUGUAGAAAUCCCCUCGAUGACGGCAGGAAACAUCGCUCUGACUGUUGGACUCAAACAGACUGUAACAGGGGACACCAUUGUGUCAUCCAAAGCUUCAGCAGCAGCUGCAGCCCGUCGAGCCCAAAAUGAAGGCGGGACGGGAAAGAAGCGUGGGGAACAUGUCAGCGUGGUCCUUUCAGGGGUGGAAGUCCCUGAUCCUGUCUUCUUCUGCACCAUAGAACCGCCCACCAUGGCUAAACAGCCUGAUCUUGAGCAUGCACUGAACUGCCUCCAGAGAGAAGACCCCAGCCUUAAAGUCAGGGUCGACCCCGAUUCUGGGCAGACUAUUUUGUGUGGGAUGGGAGAGUUGCACAUCGAGAUCCUCCAUGAUCGAAUCAGAAGGGAGUAUGGCGUAGAGGCUGACCUUGGGCCACUACAAGUGGCUUACAGGGAGACUAUUCUCCAAGAGGUCUCUACUACAGAUACGCUGGAUCGGACAGUUGGAGACAGAAGACAUGUUGUGACCGUGGAGCUGACUGUCAAGCCUCUGGAGGCCAUGUCUACAGGUGGCUCCUGUGAAAUAGCAUUCGAGGAGAAGGUUGAUGGGCAGUUAUCAGCAGAAGUGAAAGAGGCAGUGGAGAAUGGAGUGCACAGCUCAUAUCUCCAAGGUCCGUUGCUAGGCUACCCUUUGCAGGGCGUAUCUACACUGAUCCAAAGUGUCAACAUGGAAUCAGGGACUUCUCUAGCCAUGGUGUCCGCCUGCGUGUCUCGUUGCAUGCUGAAGGCCUUUAGGCUAGGAGGAGGCCAGGUCCUGGAGCCUGUGAUGUCACUGGAGGUGACGGUCGGGGAGGAACACCUCGGCACUGUGCUGGGGGACUUGGCCCAAAGACGAGGAACGGUCAGAGACAUCCAAAGUCGUCAUGACAACAAGGUGCUGAUUGCAACUGUGCCGCUAGCUGAGAUGAUGGGUUAUUCUACCGUCCUGCGAACACUGACAUCCGGCAACGCCACCUUCUCCUUGGAGCUGGACAUCUAUGAGACCAUGAACACACAGGACCAAAACACCCUCCUCAAAAGAAUGUCUGGACUGCUGUGAUCCAUUGUUCUCAACACUGUGCAGCUCUUCAGCAAUGGGACUAAUGGCACGGCUUUUAGCCAAACUGACUUUUCCAGACUAAUG